GGGAUAUCAUCAAUUUCCUACAUUUCAAAAAGGCGGUUCCGCGCCAGAGACAUCUUCUCCUCCAGAUCGGAACCCUAGCUUCUGAGGAAGGGGAAAAUAAAGCUUUAAGGAAAAGAGAAAAUGCCGAGAGAAAUCAUUACGCUUCAGGUGGGACAAUGCGGGAACCAGAUCGGGAUGGAGUUCUGGAAGCAGCUCUGCCUCGAGCACGGCAUCAGCAAAGAAGGCAUUCUCGAGGACUUUGCUACUCAGGGAGGAGACAGGAAAGAUGUCUUUUUCUAUCAAGCCGACGACCAGCAUUACAUACCUCGAGCUUUACUAAUAGAUUUGGAGCCUAGAGUAAUCAAUGGCAUUCAAAAUGGUGAAUAUAGAAACCUUUAUAAUCAUGAAAACAUCUUUGUUUCUGAUCAUGGUGGAGGUGCUGGAAAUAAUUGGGCCAGUGGAUAUCAUCAGGGAAAGGGCGUUGAAGAAGACAUAAUGGACAUGAUUGAUAGAGAAGCUGAUGGAAGUGAUAGUCUUGAGGGUUUUGUUCUAUGUCAUUCAAUUGCUGGGGGGACUGGCUCAGGUAUGGGUUCCUAUCUGUUGGAGGCUCUGAAUGAUCGCUACAGUAAGAAGCUGGUUCAGACAUAUAGUGUAUUCCCUAACCAGAUGGAGACUAGUGAUGUGGUGGUCCAGCCCUACAACUCGCUUUUGACACUCAAGAGACUAACACUAAAUGCUGAUUGUGUUGUUGUUCUUGACAAUACUGCUCUGAAUAGAAUUGCUGUGGAGCGUCUACAUCUAACUAAUCCUACUUUUGCUCAAACCAAUUCUUUGGUCUCUACUGUGAUGUCUGCUAGCACAACCACACUACGGUAUCCUGGAUAUAUGAACAAUGACUUGGUUGGUCUCCUUGCCUCUCUAAUUCCAACACCAAGAUGUCAUUUUCUUAUGACUGGGUACACGCCACUCACGGUGGAGCGCCAGGCUAAUGUGAUUCGCAAAACUACAGUAUUGGAUGUUAUGAGAAGGCUUCUCCAGACAAAGAAUAUUAUGGUUUCCUCUUAUGCUCGUACAAAAGAAGCCAGUCAAGCAAAAUAUAUUUCAAUAUUGAAUAUCAUUCAAGGAGAAGUAGAUCCCACUCAGGUGCAUGAAAGUUUGCAGAGGAUUCGUGAAAGAAAACUUGUGAAUUUUAUUGAGUGGGGCCCUGCAAGUAUUCAGGUUGCACUUUCUAGAAAGUCUCCAUAUGUCCAAACUGCUCACAGGGUAAGUGGUCUCAUGCUAGCAAGUCAUACUAGUAUUCGCCACCUCUUCAGCAAAUGUUUGAGCCAGUAUGAGAAGUUGAGAAAGAAGCAAGCCUUUUUGGACAAUUAUCGGAAGUUCCCUAUGUUUGCUGACAAUGAUCUUUCAGAGUUUGAUGAAUCAAGGGACAUUAUUGAAAGCUUAGUUGAUGAAUACAAGGCUUGUGAGUCACCAGAUUACAUCAAAUGGGGAAUGGAGGAUCCUGACCAAAUUCUAACUGGAGAAGGAAAUUCUGCUGGAACAUUGGAUCCAAAGUUGGCAAUGUGAACACACCAUGUAAGCAACAAUCAUGCUUGCCCAGUUGCCUCCAAAAUAGCCAGGCUUUAUGGUUUUAUUUAUAGAGAAAACCAUAUUGGCAGUUUUUCACUCUGAGGUGAACUUCUGCCAAAGGUGCAUUGAAAUGCUUCAGGUUGAUAUUGAGUUGUUUUUGUUGUUCUUACGUCGGAUAUGUAGUUAGCUGGAAGUAAAGUCCCACUUUUUUCUUAUAAACUUUUUCAUUUUUAUCAUCUUUUUGAUGUAGCCCAAACAAAGAACCUCAUGCGUCCAUGUUUUCUGGACAUGUCUCAACUGUCUGCAUGUUGUUUUUCCUUAAGCCACAUAGGUCACUUGCUUGGAAUUGCUUAUUUCAGGAUGUAACAUUGAUGCAUGCUAUGAGCUCACCUGCGAGAGUAUUGUAAGUAAUCUACACAAAUUAUAUGUUGGUUUGAUUGUGUUUUGUUGAACACUAAAUUUCUUGUAAUUCUAUAACUUUUUUAUCUGUUUUAACUCUUGGAUUCGUUCAUACAUAUGGGAGAAUACAGAAUCUCACUGUAUCCAUAGGUUUCCAAGACUAGUUAGUGAUGUUCCUUCAACAUUUAAAUUAUUAGAUGGGAAAUAUGGGUCUGAUGUUGUCAUCCAUGUGAAUAUGAUAACACGGCAUGUGUUGUCCUUGGCAGAGCAUGUUUUAUGGUCCCAUGCCUGAUUGUUGACUCCCAUCAAUGAUUUGUGGUGUUUGUUUAAUAUGCAGGUUCUGUAAUAUAGAACCUCCAUUGCU